CCCCUCUUCUCUCAAAAUCCAACCCACCACCAGUCCCCACUCUCCCCACUCCAUCGCUUCCUCUGCUUCUCACUAACUCGAAGCUAAGGGCCUCGCAGCGCCGCCUCCCAUGGGCUCCAACGCCGCCUCCGCCGGCCCCCUCCACAUGCUCUUCUUCCCCCUGAUGAGCCCCGGCCACAUGAUCCCCAUGGUCGACAUGGCCCGCCUCUUCGCCACCCGCGGCGUCCGCUCAACCAUCGUCACCACACCGCUCAACGCCACCAACCUCCGCCGCACCGUCGACUCCUCCGCCGCCCACGGCCUCCCCCUCUCCCUCCACGUCAUCCCCUUCCCUGACCCCGCCGCCACCGGCCUCGCCCCCGGCCAGGAGAACCUCUCCACCGUCCCCACCGCCCACUUCAACACCUUCGUCAUGGCCCUCUUCCACUUCCAAUCCCCUCUCGCCGCACUCCUCCGCGAGCUCCGCCCCGACGUCCUCGUGUCCGACUCCCUCUUCACCUGGACCGCCGACCUCGCGCUCGAGCACGGCAUCCCUCGCCUCAUCUUCCACGGCGCCGGCGCCUUCCCUCUCUUUGUCCUCACCAACCUCGUCAACUACCUCCCUCUCGAUCCCUCAACGGAAUCCUUCACCAUGAAUGGCCUCCCCCAUCCAAUCCGCCUUCACAAAAACGGCCUCCCCGAGCUCGUAGACAACUUCUUCAUGCUAAAACUCCUCGGCGAGGCCGAGGCCAAGAGCUACGGCGUCGUCGUCAACACCUUCCACGACAUGGAACCGAGCUACGUCAACUACUACAAGAACAAGAACCAGACCGGCAUCAAGGCCUGGUGCGUGGGCCCUGUCUCUCUCUUCUGCCGCGCCGCCGAGGAGCGGGCGGGACGUGGAGAGUCCCCGGCCGACCGGGAGCGGGUUCUAGGGUGGCUCAACUCUAAGCCGGCCGGGUCGGUGGUGUACAUGUGCUUCGGGAGCCUGUGCCAUUUCAGUGGGGCCCAGCUGAGGGAGAUCGCGCUGGGACUGGAGGCGUCGGGGAAGGCGUUCCUGUGGGUGGUCCGGCGGGAGGCGGCGGAGGACGCGGCGGCGGAGGCGGAGUGGAUGCCGGAGGGGUUCGAGAAGAGGGUGGAGGGUAGGGGGCUGGUGGUGAGGGGUUGGGCCCCGCAGGUGGAGGUGCUGGGCCACGCGGCGGUGGGGUGGUUCGUGACGCACUGCGGGUGGAACUCGCUGCAGGAAUCGGUGUGCGCGGGGGUGCCCAUGAUUACCUGGCCGCUGUUCCACGAGCAGUUUAUAAACGAGGCGCUGGUGGUGGACGUCAUGGGUGUCGGGGUGAGGAUGUGGGAGGGCUUCCGGCGGAACCGGCUGGAGGAGGCGAAGGUGCUGGUGACGGCGGAGGAGGUGGCGGCAGUGGUGGGAAGGGUGGUUGGCGGCGGGGGCGAGGAGGAGGUGGAGACGGUGGCGAGGAAGGCAAAGGAAUACGGUGAGGCGGCGAGGAAGGCGGUGGAGGAGGAGGGGUCGACCUACGAGGAUGUCACCAGUUUGAUCAAGGAGCUCGACGCGAAGCGGAAGGAGGGCCAGGAGGAUGUAUGAGUAAUCCGGCAACCGCUGGCCGGAAAAGCGGCGGCGGCGGCGGUGCUCCUAUUCUGUCGCUAGAAGACGAUGCAUAUUAUCCGGUUUUGGAUUUGGACUCAAAACUAUUUGGAGAUUUCUGCUUUAGUGUAAUAAUAAGCGAUCGGUUCCGUUCCGAAUUUUCGCUAGUCACGGCAAAACCUACGUUCGAUCAUGUCCUUGGUAGCAGUCUUCUUAGAGUUGUUGGCGUGGAAGCCAAAACCGGCAAUGAAACUCUUAAUUUGGUUGGGAAAUGUGUGGGUCUCUUGGCUAAGAGAAGAUGUUGGAGUAUUUUGAUAUUUUCAGCAUUUUUUUUGGCUUAUGGUGGUGCUAAAAAUGUGCUAUUCCAGUUAACUAGCGUGGUUUUCUUU